AGCAGUUUUCCCUCUUCUGAGCUCUCUCCACUGUAUCUCUGUCUCUCUAUUUAGUCUUCCCUGUUAUCUGGACAGUUAGGCAGCUUUACAGUGCUCUGUGUGGAGGACAGAGGGAGGGUGAAAGGGUGAGCUGUCAGAGGGACUGCUGGACAGGUUGGUCCAUUUGCCUUGUCUUCCUGCCGAGCCAUCCGUCCAUCACCGUGAUAGGUCUGCCUGCAUCUUUUGGAUUUAGCUCUGUGUGAGUGACACCUGGGAAGGCGAGGGAAACCUAACCGAAGAGGCAGGAGUCUGCUCCCCUUUCCCUCCCCCCAUCCCUUCCUCGCACUGUCCCUCCUCCUGUGUGUGGAUGACCUGUGCUUUUCUAUUCUGCUCAUCAGCACCAUGAACAAGAUGAAGAACUUUAAAAGACGCUUCUCUCUUUCUGUUCCUCGCACUGAGACCAUUGAGGAGAAUGAGUUCACUGAGCAGAUCAACCAGCUCAACAUCCAGCACACUCAGGGACUGACUCCAGACAGGCUUGGUCCUCCAUCUCAUGAUACCAGUCCUGUGAGCCCUGAAUCAACAACACCGGGAGCUCAGUCUCCUUCCCACCUACACUAUCACAGCAAGGCCCAGCACAGGCGUUUCUCCAUGGAGGACGUCAGUAAGCGCAUGUCUCUGCCCAUGGACAUCCGCCUGCCUCCAGAGUUUCUCAAGAAACUGCAGCUGGAGAGUGAAAACUCGCCGCUCUGCAAACCUCUUAGCCGCAUGUCUCGACGUGCUUCACUGUCUGACAUAGGCUUUGGGAAACUGGAGACAUAUGUGAAGCUCGGCAAACUGGGUGAAGGGACGUAUGCCACAGUGUUCAAAGGGCGAAGCAAACUAACAGAGAACCUGGUGGCAUUGAAGGAGAUUAGGCUGGAGCACGAGGAGGGAGCACCCUGCACUGCUAUCAGAGAGGUGUCUCUGCUGAAGAACCUGAAACACGCCAACAUCGUCACGCUGCACGACAUCAUCCACACCGAACGCUGCCUCACUCUGGUGUUUGAGUAUCUCGACAGCGACCUUAAACAGUACUUGGACAACUGCGGGAAUCUCAUGAGCAUGCAUAACGUCAAGAUUUUCAUGUUCCAGCUGCUGCGUGGUCUGUCCUACUGUCACAAGAGGAAAAUCCUGCACAGAGACCUAAAGCCUCAGAACCUGCUGAUCAACGAAAAGGGCGAGCUUAAACUGGCCGACUUUGGUCUGGCGAGAGCCAAGUCUGUCCCCACUAAGACGUACUCCAAUGAAGUGGUAACUCUAUGGUAUCGGCCCCCUGAUGUGCUGCUGGGCUCUACAGAAUACUCCACACCCAUUGACAUGUGGGGAGUGGGCUGUAUCCUGUUUGAGAUGGCAACGGGUCGUCCUAUGUUUCCUGGUGCCACCGUAAAAGAGGAGCUACACUUAAUUUUUAGGCUCAUGGGUACUCCAACAGAAGAGACUUGCCCUGGUAUCAGCAGCAAUGAGGAGUUUAGGUCUUACCUCUUUCCCCAAUACAGACCUCAAGCUCUUAUUAACCAUGUGCCCAGGUUGGACACAGAGGGGAUGGACCUGCUGUCUGCUCUGCUGCAGUACGACACCAGGAGCAGAAUCUCUGCUGAAGCUGCCCUACGACACCCAUACUUCCUGAGUCUGGGAAAUAACAUACACAAUUUGGCAGACACUGCUUCAGUGUUUUCCCUCAGAGAGGUGCAGCUCCAGAAGGACCCAGGCCACCGCAGUUCAGUGUUUCAGCCUUUAGGUCGAGGAAAGAACCGAAGGCAAAGCAUCUUCUAAAGGUCACAGAGGAGGAUCGGAGUCGCACAGAAAGGAGCUGCCUGUUUAGACCACAGCACAGAGACCAACCAACACAGCUCAGUACAUUCACAAGCAUGCUCACCUACGUGAACACGUCUGCAUGUCUACACACAAACUCAUGUGCACUCACUCAUUUCCAUGGCAGCUGACCAAGGAGACACACAGUGUCUCUGGAAAUAAACUUGUACUGCACUUGAAAUGGCUGAGAUACACUCUCCCUCCACACACACACACACACACACACACACACACACACACACAUAGUACGUAUUAGUACACAUUUGCACAAUCAGCGACAUGCUGUCAUUACCUAGCUCCACACACCAGAGAUUUAUAGAUAUCCUGCUGACACACAUGCAUUUCACCCCAAGAAAAACUAGGCGCUUGAAUAAAACUGCUCUGCUCUGUUAUAGUGUACACACAUACACAGGCUUGUAUAAUUGCCACCAUUUAGAGCAUACCCAGGGUUCUGGCCAUCUAAGGUAGCUACCACAUCUGGAACCAUUGCACAGCUGCAGGUGUACAGAAGUAAGGGUUGUGGUGUGAAUGGAGAUCGAUUAAGUUUUUUAAUGAGAUGGUUUGUUUCCAAAUUUUGCUGAAUGUUUCCCUUUCUUGUGUGUAGGGUUGUCUCCACACCAGGAGGUAGCUUAAAGAUACACUCUCUGAUGUUAUUAUCACAUCUAAUGGUACCUCUGAAUUGUAAAAUGUCCUCCCAGCUCAACAGUGACAUUCUGAGAUUUGUGGUACUUGUGGUAUGAUUUUAGAAAUACUGAGGUCAUACAUUUCCCAAAUACACUUCUUACCACCAAGUAUGAGCAGAAACCAAAGAUAAGGUUUCUUUUCAUAUUUUCUGAUUUAGUAAACUGUAGUCAAAUGUAAACAUAUUCAAUCUGAAAAUAGCAUCUUAUAAAAUGCCCAAAGUACCCCCAGGUUGCUAAAAAACCUAGAUAUGUCAGCUAGCCAGUAAGCUAGCAUGACUUAAACAAAAUCUGAUUUAUCCAUGAUAAAUUGAUUACAUCCCUGUCAAAAAAAGAGUCAUCGAUAUGGCAGAUAUGGGUAUGUUUUGUAACCUGACAGUCUUAAAGUUGUACAUAUACAAGCAGUGCAGACAUUAAAACCGUAGCAACACACUUCAUUUACAGUACUUCUACACACAUGAAACAAACAAUGAAGCUUAUUAAAAAAAAAAUCUGACCCCCAUCAUGAAAAAAACUGUAAAACUCCACUGUAAAAUGGAUUCCUGGCAACAGACUUGCCUUGCUACAGCACCCCAGUGUUUCAACUCAGUGUGGGGUUUUGUUCCAUACAGUGUUAACAGCUGACUUUCACUCCAGUCUUUGAAGUUGCCUUAGUAAAACUGUGCAUGAUUUUUUGGCUUGUGAAGAAUCUAUAUUUGAUCUUGUGUAGCCAAUGUGUUAGGAAGCAUUUGCUUUGUGUGUGUAAAUAACUCACUAUGAGUACAUAUACUUCUUAGUCUCCUAUUUGCACAAACCAGAAGUGUCCUCUGAAGCCUGCUCCCUUCCCUGUGUGUCUUACCGUUCCAAAAUAUGACCCCCAUAUCAUAUAAAAAACCCUUAACCCUUGACCAGUAAACUGGGAAAGUAUGAUAUACAAGUACUUCCUAGUAGCAAGUUACUCUCAGUAGGACUCACCACUACCCCUUAUAUUUUACACAGCUCUAUUGGACCUAUUCCCAGGGAGCAGCAAUAGGAAAUAUAUAAAAGUAUACAGUAAAACUUUGGAAACUAUAUGUAUCUGCAAAAGUGGAUUUAUAAAUCAUCCUCAUCUAAUGUCCUCCUCAGUUGCCAUGAGACUGAGACUGAGCCCGCAGGUUAUCCUUAUGCCAUAUAAUAUGAUCUGCUGACAUAAAAGUGAUGGCUGCUUGUGGCUAAGGGCCUCUUUCUGACUCCCUCACUCCCUCUAUAUCUCCAUCCUCUUUCCAGUCUGUCCAGUUCUGCUGAGAUCCAGCAGAAAAAAAAUGCUGCGGAGUCCUUAUGUAAACAAGUGACAAGGGGUUGGGGCAACAUUAAAUGAGUACCGAGGUGUGAUCAAGGUGGUCUGUUAAAUUCAGUGCAAUAUGAAAGAGACACUCAAAGUCUUUGUGGAUUACAGUAUCAGUUACCUACUGCCAUCCUUCUUUCAGGGGUAUGGUUGAAACAAACUAGUUCAUACUUUGCAUCGUCUAACCACACCUGAAGGCGAAAGUGCUUGCCAGUCACAGUCGAAAGUGGGACGGUAAGCCUGUUGUUGUAGAGUAGGGUAAGACUUGAUAAUUGCUCAAAAGGGGACAAAGGACAGUCUUUCCUUGAAGGCAUUCAUUGUGUUCCACUUGUUUGCAGAAAAAGAAAGACAAAAUACAGUAAUUGUGUGUUGGAUGAACAAAGACAGCUUUUUUCAAAUCAUAAGUACUCUGUGAAGUGCAAACACCUGGUCAUUUGCUGCAUAAAUCAAGAUGUUUCUGAAGGGUUACAAAAAUGCAGUUGAAUGCAGUUUCUGACCUUUAAAUGCUAUGGAUGUUAGAUCAUCAGACAAGGGCUUUGUUUGAAGAAUAUUGACCCCUUUCCAGGCAUUUGACCCCUUUUUCACAACUUGAAAGUCACUGAGGUCACAUGUUGAGGGCCAGGUCUCAGAUGAAGGCUCAGCAGUUGACCAACAUCUAAAGGAUCAUUGCCAUUGCUUUGAGUUUAGUAGUAUCUACAUAUAAAUCAAUGUGGACAGAUGGUGCAAAAGAGUAGUGAAGGAUGCUAUUACAAUCCUAUCCUGAUAUCCCUUCCCAGACAGCCUUUCAAACCUUGUCUCAUGUGACACUAAAGGGGUUAGUCACUUCAGAUGAAGUGCUCAAACCCACACCAGUAUGACACUGGAACUUAAGGUGUCCUUUUAACACUUUAGAUGUGUUUUCUUUAUUUCAAGCAUACCUGAGCCUUUAGAGUGCCAUCCUGACAUCCUUUCCCAGGCAGUUUAAGGCCCAUUCACGCCCUGAUUUGUGACUCUAAGCCCAAUGCUUGCCUCUUGACCUGGCCAUAAGAACAUUGAAACAUCUCUCUCAACUGUGCAUGGCUCCUCAGUGAUGAUUGUCUCAAAUCCAAUCACGUAAUUUCCCUUACCUUCUUUUAAAACACACAGGUAAUCAGAUAACAAAGACCAAAAAAACAAAAACAACAAAAGCAAGUAGAAAACACACAAGCUGGUACUAAGAAAAAACAACUAAGAACCAGAGAAUAAUGGCAAGUAUAGAUGACAUUUGGUUCACUCAAGUACUAUAUGUACACAUUGCUUGGUGCAAACAGUGUACACACAACCACAUGCUAGAACAUGUUGAGAACUUAAUGACUCUCGUGACUGCCAUGUUGGCAAAUGCUCCAUGUGAACUUGAUGACUCUCACUGUGUCAAGUCCACAGCAGAUGCCUUUGAUAUAACACUUGUAGAUGAUUAGGUCCACAGAAUUGAGUCAUCAAGUAAGAGCCAAUGAGUGACACCAUAAGACACACCAUAAGGAAGACAGAGGUAGAGAAGCUAACCAGUUACCAGAGAGUUGUUGGUUUGACCUUCCAAAGCAGGGUAUGUUCAAGUGCCCGUAAGCCAAGCACUGAACCUCUAAAGCACUCCAGUGCCAGAGUCAUAUUGGUGCAGGUCAGAGGUGUUUAUGUUUGUGUACAAGUUAAAUACGUAAGUAUGUUAAGUACAAGAUAUAUGCCAGUGAAAGCUAAAUGGUCACUGAAAGUUUUUCUACCUCUAAAAGUGAAUGAGGUUGAUGGAAUAAUUAUGUUGCUACCAACCAACCCUCAGUUCACAAAGACAAGGACGAAAGAAAUUCAGGGCAAACCUGCUGGAACGUCAGAGGGAUGUAUAGCUGUGGAUGUUACACUUCCAACCUCCCCCCUUCUUCCCUCAGUGACAGGAGUAUUACUGUGUGUUUUAGUUGUGGUAAAUGAAGCUAUUUUAAAUACUGUAAUGAAAAAGAAAUAAUAUAUAUAUAUAUAUAUAUAUGUAUUUUAACAGAUGUUUUCAUCUUUCUCAGUGAGUUUUAUGCUGUUAAAAAUAUAGAGCACUGUAUUUAAAAUAAAAUAAAGAAAAAAACCUGCAGAUGAUGUCUAAAUGUUUUAUAAAAGAUAAGUUUAGAUUUUGUAUAAGAUGUGAUAUUUUGUGUGAUUUGUCUACACUGUUAUAAAAUUGAAUGUAUUGUGACGGCCAACAGGCAUAAAAUUGAUUAAAUAAUUCAUUAAUUAAUGAAUAAAUAAAUAAACUACUGAAAUUCUGAAACACAA